AUGCUAAGAAAUAAAGAGCUACAUAUCGUGAUUUUCUCCUCAAAUAGGGCACAGGGAUAUGUUCUAAUAAACACACAAGGUUGUUCUAGCGGGGUGGGAUUUGGGAAGCCACCCUGCUGGCUCUGCCUGCCAACUCUGCUCUCCAGCUUUUCCUCUUCCUCAGUUGCACCUCAAUCUCCCAACCCACCUCAGCUGAGCAAAACUCACCUUGGCCUCAUCGCCUCACCCUACCAUAUUCUCUUCAAUUGCCCCAAAUCACCUCAGCCCCAUCUUUUCCUCCCCUUCUGUCUCACUUCAACCCUUCCAAUGUGCUCGGCCUUUUUCUUCCUUCUUUGUCUGGUCUCCCUCCAAAUCACAUAA